AUCUCUACCACAAAUUAAGAGACUAACUGGCUACAGUGCCAACAAGCUUUAAUAUUUUAAAAUGAAGUUAUUUUGUAUGUUCACUGUCACAAGCAGCAUUAAAAAAACACGGACUUAAUCAUGGAUAUAAAAUUAUCAUAUAAACAAUAAAUUGCACCAUGUGUGCUGCUGUUAACUCAUCACCUUCUUCUCCAUCGACACUGCGAACCCAGCAAAUUACGACUUCAAAUAAUACACCAAGCACAAAUAGCAGGUCCAAAGAUAAAUCGUAUGACUAUCUUCUCAAGUUUCUCCUGGUUGGUGAUAGUGAUGUUGGUAAAGAAGAAUUACUUUCAGGGAUGGAUGAUGGUGCAUCAGAAUCCCCUUAUGGCUAUGCUAGCAGUGGUAAGAUUUUCUUUUCACUUUUCUUUUUUUUUUAAUAAAGAUUACCUAGUACUAGUAAUAUUAUAUAUUACUAUAGACACUAACAGUAUAAGGUAAAUGCAGAUAUUGGGUGCCAUUCCAUAUCACACAGCCGCCAUGUUGGUUGCAACGACCCGUGAACUUUAACAGGUUUACAGGUCAUAGCCAUGGCAACCAAUAUUGUGGCAGUGUAAAAAUAAGAUAACUAGACUAAGGUCUGCUAAAAUUAGGAAUAAAAUGUUAAAAUUUAAUGAAAAAAUGUCCACUGGCACAUAAAUUUCGUGAUAAACGUAGCUACUUUAUUGUAUCCAUCUAGAUAUGUGGCAAGAAGCAUCAGUGACGUGCGGUCGUUCCCUUUCCUCAUGUAAUUUCAGCCGGUACACCCACAUCCUCAUGUCCCCUAGUCCUUGGACCGUUGGGGCGCCACAGGUGACAUGUGAACCAUCCUCCUCCAUUCCUCUCUGUCUUCAGCACUACGCACUGCAUCGCCCAGUGUUAGUCCUGUCCACUCUUUGAAGUUAUCCUCCCAUCUUUUUCUUUGUCUUUCUCUUCUUCUCCCUCCUUUUGUGGUGCCCUAUAAUAUUUCUUGGCAAGCCCUUGUUACGUGGCCGUACCAUUGUAGUUUGCGUUUUUUCACAGUCACCAGUAGGUCAUCGUACUCCCCAAUUGCCUGACGAACCCUUUCUUUCACUGUAUCAUUGGAGAUAUGUUCCCUAUAGCAGAUGCCAAAAAUGCUUCUGAAGCAUCUCAUCUCCAUCGCCUUUAUUUUCUUUUCAAGGUCGGCUGUUAAUUUCCAGGAUUCGCAGGCAUAUAGGAAAAUGGAGAGGACUAAUGAGCGCAUCAGCCUGAUUUUGGUCCAAGGCCAAGGGGUUAUAUUUUUGUCAUUCCAUAUUUUCUUGAGCCUCAUUAGUGCUGUUGUAGUCUGCGCAAUCCUGGACAUCAGUUCGGGCUUGGAGCCUUCUUCUGAGACUAUUGCUCCUAGGUAUUUGAAGCUGUCGACAGUCUCUAAUCUAUCCUCCCCGACCUUAAUUUCAGUGGUGAUGCCUGUAUUAUUUGUAAUCAGUUUUGUCUUUUCGGCACUGAUUAGCUUGCUGUAGGACGACGAGGUCUUAUCGAGGCGCUUUACCAGGUUGGCUAGCUCUUCUUCGUUCCCAGCUAGUCCCUAUGUCGUCCGCAAAUUCACUGUCACUAAUUUAGUAAACCUAACAUGAACUUUAAAUCUAUCCCAAACCUAACCUGAACCUUUAAACUAGCCCUACAACGUCAAGUAAAAAAAAUGUGUGCGACUGCAGUUAAACUUACACGCUGUGGCUAGAAAACUAUAAAAAUUAAGAAAAACAAUAAAAUAAAAAUAAUUGCAAAAUAAAUAAAUAAAUAAUGAAAACCCUACUUACAGUUUCAUAGAAUACACUUUUACACAUUUUAUUUCGGGUUCCACCAAAAAUAAUAUCCAAAAUUUGUCAGAAAAUCAAUCAAAUACUAUAAAAAUCGGUUUUUAAAUAUGGCAGAAAGUGUAAUGAAUAUGCAAAUGUGACAACUAUUUUAUUAUGAGGGUGUAGCUGUUGGAUGACAAUUUAUUCAUUUUUUUUGUGGGGGGUGGGAAUAUACUACAAUUAAUUAAUCCGGAUCAACGCUCCCAUCGUCGAUUUGAAAUUAAAAUUGUGGCGUAUCGACGAUUGAAUAGUCGAUGUAUAAAAACCUGUUUAUUUCAGUUCUUUUCUUAGCUAUUGGUAUUUAGUUAUUUUAAAUCAAUUUUAGAAUGAUUUUCCUUUGUAUAUACAUCAGGUUUUUCUGUUUGAACGAAGAACAAAUUUUUUGAAGCUGUUUUUUUGAUUGUCCAUUUUAUUUUUGUUUACAAACAUGAAAUCUUGACCUGACCCAUCUGGUGAUCGAUCUAAUAAAGGUGGAAAAUAUUACUCUGAUGAUGAUUCAGACAGUGAUUUUAUGAUUUCAGGCUGAUUCUGUUGAAUCGUAUGAUUAUAAUCCUAGUAUUAGUGGUACUAGUGACAAAAUAAUGAAAUUGGUAAUUCAUCAGCUGAUGAACAACCAGCCCCGCCCCCAGCUAAAGGGCACAUCCAUAUGGAUUGUUUUUUAGGCUUACCCAGAUGGAAAUAUGUGAAAAAUGUAUGGUAAAUUUUCCAUUUACCAUUAUAAAUGUUAGUACAUACAAAGAUACAGUGCAAUUAUAUUCUAAAUAGCAAUAGAUUGUUUCCAGUGGACGUGGAAUGAGUGAAAUUUUUUUUCAAAUUUUUUGUGUGGCGGUGAUAAUGGAUAAUGUGCUCUGAGGUUUAAUUUUUUCUUUCUUGAAAGUUGAUCUUUAUUAUUUGUGAUGCACAUAUGGAUAUACUUCAGGUAAAAAACAUUUUUUUUACACUUUGGAUUAUAUAUUUCUCUUUGUGUGACUUGGAAUGAGCGUUUUGUGAACAUUUGGUAAGUUUUUAAAAAUAAAUUUUUAUUUUCCUUAAAUCACAUUUAUUUAUUAAAAUUUAAACCCAAGUCUUGUUUGCUUGCAAAGAGCAUGCAUUUCCCUUUAAUUCCAUACCAAUAUUAACAUUUUCUGAUUUAAAAAAAAAAAGUUAUGAAGGUUUAGAGACAACAUAUCCUGUAGCUAUAAAAAAAUUUUAUGCACAAAUAUUGAUAAUUAUUUCAUUGACUAUGUGAUAUUAUUUUAUCCUUAAAAUUUGAGAGCUUUACUUUAAGAAUAAAGCCAGGCUUUAAGCACAACAAUUAAUAACAAAACAGGUGUAACCUAUUACUAUUACUAAUUACUCUGGUUCCCUGAUUAUUUGUUAUGUAUUUUUAUGUAUAUGGAUUUUGAAUAUAAAUGUCUAUUAUUAAAAUUAUGGGUAAUUUAUUAUACUAUUUCAUAAUCACAAACUACAACAUGCCAAUGGAGUAAGUGGCAACGAAAAUCAAUACAAUGAUCUGGUGAAUAUACAAAAGCAAAUGCUUCUGCUUCUCUGGCUCCUAAACGUUGAAAUUUGCGACCAGACUGAGAAAUAGCCCUCUUGAUUGUAACAAUAAAAGCUAACUCAAAUGGGGGCAGUUAUUCUUAAUCCACCAUUGACAUGGCUGGAUGUAUGUCAUGGAUGAGGUUAACACUUGCAUCCAAAUGCCUAUACAGUUGUUGAAGGGUAAAGCAGCUUCUGGGGAAAAUUUACACAUCUUAAAUAUGUCACAGUAGGCAAUGUUUUAUUCUUUUUGAAAGUAUUACCCUCAUGGGUAAAAAGAGAAUUUUUAAAAUUGGACCUUUUAAUAAAUAUAAAUAUUUAUAAAUGCAAUUUUGGAAGACAUUAUCUAGGGCCUCAGAAACUAUUUGGCAACACAUGGUUCUAUGAAGAAAUAGAUACAGGACUUGUUUAAUACUAAUUUAUAUUGCCUUGGGCUUCAAAAAUAUUUUCUUAGCAGAUAUAACUUAUAAAAUUUGCUCAUCACUGUAAAAGUUUGCCAACCAAUCAUCUAAGAGAAUGCAGAUUUAUACAAUUUUGAUUUUUUAAAUAGAAUUCUAGACUUUUAUGUAAUCUCUCUUUUUUCAGGUAUUGAUUACAAGACCACAACUAUUCUGCUAGAUGGAAAACGUGUAAAAUUACAGCUCUGGUAUGGACAUUUUUGAGUUGCCAUGUUUUCAGAUAAUUCAAUCAACACUAAAUUUAUGUUUAUAAACACAAUAUCCAUUGUAGUAAAUGUCAGUAAAGAUUGUAGUAAAAAUUGUAUAUUUUAAAAAAAAGAUAACUUUUUAAAGAGGGUAUAAGCCAUGCAAAAAAUUAUUGUUUAUUAUUUUGUUUUUGCAUGCAGAAUUCUUUAAUCAGCAUGCUUAAGAUUGUAUCAAUAUCUUUAUUAGGGUCACAUCUGGACAAGGGCGUUUCUGUACAAUAUUAAGAUCUUACUCUCGAGGUGCUCAGGUAAUCUGUAGAUUUAUCUUUCCUUUUUUUUUUUUUUUUUUUUUUUUUUUUUUUUUUUUUUUUUUUUUUUUUUUUUUUUUUUUUUUUACAUGUUUACAAAGUAAUUAGUAGAAUUAGAGCUCUUUAUGCACUGAAAAUGAAGCAUAAAAAUUAAAAAGAAUUGAAGUCGGAGCUACCCGACCGGAAACUCUUAUGCCCCCCCCUCCCCAGCCUCAAUUCGCAGAAUAUCUCCUCCUUUUACAGAGGGGAGAUGUCAUGAACAAGCUCCCUGGGAUGUAUCGCCCUUGUGGUGAAUUAUCCAGUCACCCCAGUUUUACAUUAAAGAGAUUAUAUUCUAUCAUAUUUCACUAAUAGAUUGUUUUAAUAAUAAUAGAAUUAAUGUAGUUUGACUCAAUUGAGUGCCUUAAAAAAUAUUGUGGCAGUAAUUAUUUAUAAGUGACUAGCAAAAGAAAAGUGAACCGUCUAUAAGUUUUAAAACUCACAAUUUCUUUUAAUGUUAAUUAAUUGUAACACACCCUACCCCCUACCCCAAUACACUCAGCCUCCCCCUCAACAUACACACCAUACAAAAUAUUUAAAAUGAUUAACAUUCAUCUUUGUAUAAAUCUUUAUUUAGGGCAUAUUACUUGUUUAUGACAUCACAAACAAAUGGUCUUUUGAUGGCAUCGACAGGUGGAUUAAAGAGAUUGAUGAGGUAUGCUGUUGUUAUUUUAUGACUUGUACGUCCUUAUAUCCACAAUCUAUCCUUAUAUCCACAAUCUAUUCUUAUUUGUUUAAUCCUCCACACCCCCUUGCUUUAAAAAAAUUAUUUAUCUGUUUUCUCCCUUAAAUUUUAUAAUGUUAUUUUCUACGGCAGCAUGCACCCGGUGUUCCCAAGAUUUUGGUGGGGAACAGGUUACAUCUGGCAUUUAGACGUCAAAUAAGCGAAGCUUGUGCGGAGCAGUAUGCAGAGAAAAACAACAUGGCGUUUUUUGAAGUCAGUCCACUUUGUGAUUUUAAUGUUACCGAGUCGUUUGCUGAACUGUCACGGCUUGCUCUGAAAAGAAAUGGCAUGAGUCGAGCGUUUGGAUUAAAUAAAGGUAUUGCGAUGGUUUAUUUACCUUGGGUCAAUAGCCUUGUAGGAUAAACUAAAAUGGACAAAUGUAUUUUCAGCAUAUGGAUCAACAUUCUGAUCAAGGUAACAAUUUUUAAACUUGCGUAAUUUAAAUAUAUAAAAAUAUGUAGAAGUUAAUUAGAUAGCUUCUCACUCUAGGUAUAUUUUAUAACAACAGAUGACUUGAUUUGUAUUCAAAAUAUUUUGCCAAGUUUGCUGCUGUCUUACAAAUUAAAAAUGUUUUAGGUUUCUAACUCAGGGCUUUCUGCUUCCCAAAUUUCUGCCCAACUGGGAUGUUGUGUCCAUUCCAUCAUGUUAUGUUCACGUAGCAUGGAACUAACCUCCCAUCGCAAGGAACUACCCUCCCAUAGCAUGGAAAUACUCUGCCAUAGCAUGAAACUACUCUCCCAUAGCAUGAAACUAUACUCCCAUAGCAUGGAACUACUCUCCUGCCGCAUGAAACUUCUCUACCGUAGCAUGGAACUACUCACUCAUAGCAUGGAACUUCUCCCCCAUAGCAUGGAACUACUCUUCUGCUGCAUGGAACUAAUCUCCCAUAGCAUAAAAAUACUCUCUUGUAGCAUGGAACUACCCUCCUGUAGCAAUGAACUACUCUCCCUUAGAAUGAAACUACGCUCCCAUAGCAUGGAACUACUCUGCCAUAGCAUGGAACUACUCUCCUGUAGCAAUGAACUACUCUCCCUUAGAAUGAAACUACGCUCCCAUAGCAUGGAACUACUCUGCCAUAGCAUGGAACUACUCUCCUGUAGCAAUGAACUACUCUCCCUUAGAAUGAAACUACGCUCCCAUAGCAUGGAACUACUCUGCCAUAGCAUGGAACUACUCUCCUGUAGCAAUGAACUACUCUCCCAAAGAAGGAACUACUCUCCCAUAUCAUGGCACUACCUGGAGAAAUCAAAACCUGCUAUUCUUUAGUUGGGGGCAGAAAAUUUACCAAUAAUUUCCUGAAAUAAAAAAAAGACUUUACAACGUCAAAUCUACGAAUUUUAGUUUGUGUUAAAAAAUUGAGGACAUGGACAUGAAUAGAAGGUUCAAAGAAUAUUGUUGAUGUUUGUAAGGGGAAAAUAUCAUUUAUGUUUUCAAAUGGGAUUAAUGGGUUAUUCUGUUAUUAGGAAACCAAAUUGAGUCUUACUGUAAAUACCUUAAUAACUCUUUUUAUCAAUGCAAGUGCUUACAUUUUUAUACAACUUGUAAUGGGUACCCUUUUCAAUUUCAGUGCUGAGUCUCCAGGAGCUGGCUUGCAGAACAGUUGUGUCUUGUACCACUAUCUAUGGCAUUGAACAGUUGCCUUUACCCAACAGUAUCAAAUCCCACUUGAAGUCAUAUGCGCUCACAAACAAGACCCGUGCACGCAUGCUGAGUUUUGUCCACAGGGACAAGCACAAGAAGGUCAAGUAUCUCAACCCGUGCGAGUCCCCGCCAAUGAACUGCCGCAAGAGUUGCAUCAUCACCUAGUGAAACCGUACUCGGCUGUCGUUUCGCUGUGGUUGUUGGCCUGUAUAAAUCCCGUUGUAUAUAAUCGUGAAUGAUUAAGAGAGACUUCAUCAAAUCAGGGUUCAUGCCCCUGUCUCUCUUUUGCCAUCAAUUCAGUGAUGAAGAUAGAUCCUUUAUUGGAACUUUACAAAAAUAGUGACCAGAUGAAGUGGAUGGAUACAAUUCUUCUCCACAGAAUAAAUGAAGCUCUAAGACAGGUCCACACAAAGUGGUGGUCGACAAACCAGCUUUGGUUAGCAAGUCCUUAGUCACUGGUCAAGCUGGCUGGAACAUUUAAGAAAUAAAAUGACAAUACAUAAUAUAUCAUUUGGGCACCAGUCCCUGCUGGAAUGUGGAUAUUUGCUGCCUGUUCUUCACACUGCAACAUUUGGGAAGCACUGACCUAUUACACCGAAGGGGAUUGCCAGAUUCUGAAAUCUCAUGGUUCCCUACAUCUAAAGCUCUAUCAUUUUUGUGUUUAUUUCUGUAGUUGCCAUGGAGCACAGAAUAUUCAUCCUUGCCAGUGUCUAAAUUCUAAUUGAAAUAUUAAAACAUUGUUAACUGUGGGUAGGCACUCUAGCAGCCUUGUGUUGACACAGUUUAGAGAAAAAUUUCCGUCUCAUCAAAUUGGUCAGAGAAUAUAGCAUUGCGUUAUAUUAGGUUGACCCAAAAGUUGUGUGCGACAUCAUAUUUACCUUGACCUGUUAUGUGAAAUUAGAUUUAAGCAUUCAUCAAAAUGGUGGUAAAUUUUAUCUUUAAACAUCCAUCCAAGGAUGCUUUGUUUGCUCUCAUAGCUUAAUGUUAGAAACAUCUAGCCACCCACCACUUGGUUUCCCAAAUGUCUGAAAACUCUCCACCAAUCUCAUUACUAUGAUGGUUAAUUCGAACUAAUUAAUUAUUGAUCAUAUUAUGUAUUUUUUGGGCAGAUGUAAAUACACUAAUGACCUAUACAAGAUGCUGUUAAUUUUUUGGCAUAUUUUCAAUAGUUUUUGUGAUCAUCACAUUGAAUUUGUAUCUGUCAUUCAUUACUGUAAAUAGGUGUAUCAACAAUGUCUGAACAAUUAUAUCAACUAAUCAAAGUCAUCCAUUCUCUACAUGUGUGGCAUGUUUAUUGCAAGAUUUUCCUACAAAGAAUAGAACUCAAUUUAGAAAAUGCUUUCAAGUUAACAAGUCCACAUAGACUUAUUGAAAGCUAAGUGACAUAAAAUUAUUUAUAGUCCAUUCUAAUAAUAAUAAUUUAUGUGGGUGCUGUUACCCACAGGCCCAUUAAUAAUAUUUGCAUUGGUUGGUAAAGCAUUAUAGUAAUAAUGGAAUUGCUAGGGUCGCCAGAUAAAAAAAGUUAAAAAAACUGCUGAACAGGAUUCCUGCAUUUCUUUCUUUAAUUCUCCAUCAGCUGUCUUUAUUAACCAAGGUAAAAAACAACAAAUUCAAAUUAAAUUAUGA